AUGGCGAAGCUGCGGCGUCGCAUACAGCUUGCUGAGCUGGGACGCUGGGACGAGCUGAUUGGCCUCUACGAGGCUGCCGUGGACGAGCGGGCUGCUGCUGGGGCCUCGGUGGGGCCGCCCAGGCAGCGGCCUCCAGUGAGCGACAUCCAGGGCGAGUACGACAGGGUCAUCCGCACGGUGAAGGAGAGGGGCGUGUCCAGGGCCAUGCCGCACGUGGAGGGCGUGCCACGGGUACCUCGGGAUGAGGUCGUCGCGGAAGCCAUGGCGAGGCUAGCAGCCAUACCAGCGUCCGCCGGGGAGUACGCGGAGGUCAUUGCGAAAUUCGACCGCUUCCGGGCGGACCCUGCUGUCGUGCCCCUCGUGGUCGGGUGCGGGGAUGCGCGCCGGACAGCUUUGGCUCUUGACCUGCACGCGGCUCCAGGGCCGAGCGGCUGGCGCAACGGGCUCAUUGUCGAGAUUGCUGCCCCGGAUGGUGGAGUUGGAGCGCUUGCAGCAUACGCGAGCCUUUCGGCAUCUGCAGCGUGGUCUCGGGAGGACGCCGUGCUGUGGGGGUCGGGCGUCUUGGGACCUAUCGACCAGGGGGCCAGUGACAGGCCCGACGCAGCUCGGGGGCGCAAGCUCCGCGGCAUAGCCCUGCUCGAGCACCUCAUCAAGUUUGCCGAGUCGGCCGCGCUCGCCGGCAGGGUCCUGGCAGCCCGGCGCCGCCUGGAGCCCGUCAAUCUCGGGCUCACGCCAGAUGGGUGCCCUAUUGUUGCCAGAACGCUGAGGGGCUGGGCGCGGCGCUUCGAGUCCCCAGCGCCGGGGCAAUCGCCAGAGGCCAUUGUCAAACUCGACCUGAAGAACGCCUACGGGGCCAUGCUCCGGAGCGUCGUCAUGCAGGUCGUCUUCAAUGCGGAGCCGACUAUCGCGCUCCUCCUCUUCGUGCACAGGGGGAAAGCGUGCAACACCUUCUGGCAGAAGGUCGGGGACGAGUGGAGGCGCAUCCUGAGCUGGCGGGGAGGGGGCGCCGGGUCGCGGCUGAUCAUGAUGCAGCUCGCCUUCCUCUUCCACGCCGCGCGCAUGGUGCGGGGCGUCCUCGCGGCCCACAUGCCGGAGCGACCAGGAGAUGCCCUCGCGACCACGGGCAUCGCCGACGAUUGGUAUUUGGCGGGGGCGGCCUCGUCGAUCGUGCAAGUGUGGCCGCGGCUGAGGUCGGUCGCGGCCGCCGGCGGCCACGCGCUCACCGAUUCGAAGUGCGGCUGUUGGUUCCCAGGCCUCGACAAAGGGAUGGGGGAGCCAGACAGCGCGACUGCCCGGCUCGAAGAGAUGACGAGGCGGUCACGCGGCGGCAUGCACGUCCUCGGCACGGCGCUGAGGGGGGACACCUUGGACAUAGACGCGGAGCAGUGCGGCGUCGGGCCGGCGGCGGGCAGGGCUGCCAGGGCCGCGCGGCUCUGCGAGAGGCUCCGUGCGUUCGUGGGGUCUUGCACGCACGACGACACGCGGCAGGCCGCAUGGGCGAUCCUGGCGUUCGGUAUCUCCCAUCUCCUGGGCCAUGACAUUCGCAUGUGCCCCCCGCGGGCGCUAUCAGUCCAGGUCUUGGGGAAUUUCUGCGCUGAGAUCGCGAGCGCUGCUGCGGCCAUCAUCGGCACGACGCUCGCGCCGGCGAUGGCCGAACAGCUCGCGCUUCCCAUCUUCUUCGGGGGCUUUGCCGUGAACGUGCCGCGCGUCGAUAACGCCGCAGCCGGGUUUUGGAGCAGCUGGGUUGCAGCCGCACUCGAUGCUCAGCGCGUCGCCUUGCUGGCUGGGCUGCCGUUCCAAGUGGGCCCGGACAUGCCCGCCGCGAUCGAGGCGAGGGACGUGCUCGCCGCGAGCGGCGUCGUGGCGGACGCUGGCCGGAUCGAGUUGGAGCCAGGGGCGGCGGCCAGAUACGCCGCAUCGCCAUGGGUUGGGGACCUGCCCGUCCAGGAGCUGUUCACUUUCGCCCGCGACGCGGAGGAUGCGCAGGCGCAUGCCCUGGACCCCGACCGCUCCGCCCUCGCUACUUUCGCCCGGGGGUUGGGCCGCGGGCCGGCGGCGCCGCGGGCCGCCGACCUCGUGGCCGCGCUGCCGCAUGAGCGCGCCGCCAACCUGUUGGACAGAGGCGGCAGAGGAGCGGGCCUCUGGUGGUCAGCGGCGCCAGCCCCCUCGACAGCGUGGAUUGGCAACCGUCGCUGGCUGCCAACCGCGAGGAGGCGCCUGGGGGCGCCUGUUCUGGAGCCUGGCCAGGCGUGUGCUCACUGCUAUCGUGGCGGCCCGAGGCGUGGGCAGCCCUGCGGGCGGCAGCUGGACAUCAGUGGUGUGCAUGCGGCCCGCUGCAUGGUGGGCCCCUUCCGGGUGCGGUGGCACAACGACAUCAAGAUUGCAGUCGCCGCGGCGCUUCGCAAGGCCGGCGCGAUCGUCGAAGUUGAGUCGCACAUUCUGGAGCUCUACCAGACGGAUCGCGACGACGGUGUCAAGGAGGCGAUCUUGGACGUCUGCUGGAGGUGGCCCGCUGGCGUGACGUGGACAUGGCUGGAUGUCACAGUGCACUCAUAUCCGGACGGCGAGGCUCGAGCCGCAGCCAGGGACGUGCAUUUGGCGACUCGCGCCGCGGAGCGUUCCAAGCGCCAGCGGUAUGGCGACCGCGUCGCGGCCUUCGCCGUGGGCAUCGGCGGCCGGCUGGGAGAGGAUGCUUUGGCAAUCCUUCGCCAGAUCGACGUGGACGCGGCGAGCCACGCGUGGGCCACGCGAGGCCUCCCGGCGCCGCCCCCGAGCCGGGCGAUGCUAGCAGCCAUCAGCGCGGCCGUGGUUGCCGCGGAGGCGGAGGCCAUCCUAGGCGCCAUCGCGCCGCUGCCGCCGCGGGAGGAAGAGGGGCUGAGGUGGCCGGACGGGGCCAUGUACUGCAAUGUGGUCGUGGAGGACGUCGGCGCCAGGCUGCAGGCGCAGGUGCUGGGAGACCGGGGCUGCCGCGUGUCCGUGGGCGACAUCGUCUACAAGGACUUCGCCGAGGAGGUCGGCGAGUCGACCGUCGGCCCGAUCAUCCAGGUGCUCCUGAAGAGCGUGCUGAAGACCGUGGUCGUCAACGCCGUCGGGAAGCAGGUCGGCGAGAGGUGCAUGUGA